AUGACCCACUGCGUACGGGAAGAGCGCAUUGCCAGCUCUGUAAAACCAGGAGUCCAGAGGCAGGAGCCUGAAGCAGUGUCCAAUCAUGGGCGCUGGGGCGGGGCCGCGAGAACUGUCCAAUCAGGUGCUCCCAAACCGGAGCGCGCCAAGCUCCACAACCCAGUGGCGCCUUCUUUUCUCACGUCACCCGCUGUGGGCAUCCGGGUUCUGUUGCUCGCGGGGGACCUGAGUGGCUCUGACGCAGCCUGCGUUGCGCUGUGUCCUGCACGACAGCGGGAGCCAUACGGAGGACGCGGAGACACCCUGAAGCGGGACAUGAAAGCAGAGAAAAACAACCUGAAACUCCGCUGCCAAAAAAUCUUUGUCUCUCCUUUUAUCGUCCCUAAGCGCAGACAUCAGAAGGUCUCUGGGGUGAGGUUCCCCCUCGAAACGGACUCAGUGGCCUUUGAGGAUGUGGCUGUGAACUUCACUCAGGAGGAGUGGGCUCUGUUGGAUCCUUCUCAGAAGAAACUCUACAGAGAUGUCAUGCAUGAAACCUUCCUAAACCUGGCCUGUAUAGGGAAAAACUGGAAAAACCAGAAUAUUGAAAAUGAGUACAAAAACCAGGGGAGAAAUCUAAGGUACCUCAAUUCUCACACUGGACAGAAUCCAAAUAAGUAUCAGAAGUAUGAAGAGAAGCCAUAUAAAUGUGAGGAAUUUGAGAAAGACUUUAACCCUCCCAGUUCAUUUCGAAUACAUGAAAGGACUCAGGCUGGCAAAAAACCCUAUGAAUGUAAACAAUGUGAUAAAGCCUUCAGAUGUCCCAGUUCCUUCAGAAUACAUGAAAGAGUUCACAGUGGAGAGAGACCCUAUGAAUGUAAGGAAUGCAGGAAAACCUUCAUUUCUCUCCAAGGAGUUCAAAGACAUAUGAUAACACACAAUGGAGAUGGUCCUUGUAAAUGUAAGGUAUGUGGGAAAGCCUUUCACUGGCUCAGUUCACUUCAAAUUCAUGAAAGGACUCACACUGGAGAAAAACCCUAUGAGUGUAAACAAUGUGGUAAAGCCUUCAGUCAUUCCAAUUCAUUUCGAAGACAUGAAAGGAUUCACACUGGAGAGAAACCCUAUGAGUGUAAACAGUGUGGUAAGGCCUUCAGGUGUUCCGGUUACACUAAAAUGCAUGAAAAAAUUCACACUGGAGAGAGACCCUAUGAAUGUAAGAAAUGUGGGAAAACUUUCAUUUCUCUCAAAAGAGUUCGAAGACAUAUGAUAACACACACUGGAGAGGGACCUUGUAAAUGUAAGGUAUGUGGGAAAGCCUUUGACUGUCCCAGUUCAAUUCAAAAUCAUGAAAGGACUCAUACUGGAGAGAAACCCUAUGAGUGUAAACAAUGUGGUAAAACUUUCAGUCGUUCCAGUUACAUUAAAAUGCAUGAAAGAAUUCACACUGGAGAAAAACCCUAUGAAUGUAAACAGUGUGGUAAAUCCUUUAGUCGUUCCGGUUCCAUUAAAAUACAUGAAAGAACUCACGCUAGAAAGAAAUCCUAUGAAUAGGAAUGUGGGAAAGCCUUCAAAUUUCUCACUUCCUUUUGACAUAAAAGAUAUCUCAUCAUACUGGAGUGAAACCUAAUGAAGGAAUGUGGGAAGGCUUACAUAUCAUACAAACUUUUGAGCACACAAGGGAAUACAUAAUGGAGAGAUACCCUAUGAAUGUCGUAAUGUGGAUAAAAGCCUUCUGUCUUCCCAGUUCAAUUCAAAGCUAUGAAAGAACACACACUGGUGAGAAACCCCUUGAAUAUAUAAGCAGUGUGUAAAAGGUGGCUUAGAUCCUGGCAAAAAGAUGUACACACUGAAUUGAAACCCUGUUAGUUUUUAAAACACAGGAACAUUUUCAAUUUUAGCAAAUACAUGAAAAGUCAUGUGAAAACUCACAUUGCAGAUCAGUCCUAUAAAUGUAGGUAACAUGAAAAGCUUGAUGGAAGUUGAUUGAUGUGUAAUGUUCUAGAAAAUUCACAACAUGAAAGAAAUUUUGUAGAAGUUAUAAAUAUUUGAUUUAUCACUGUCUCAUUCUUUAAA